CACCUCCCAUGUUCUUUUCAUCACCCUGAGCCCUCAUCUCUGGCAUGGGCUCUGCACUGCCCAGGUAGCAGGGGCCCACCUGGGGGAGGCAUCUUCCAUCUGCUUCCCUUCUCAGCCAAUCACAGGCCUCACAGGGACAACCAAGACUCUUGAUAGUGAAACCGGGGGCGAGCAUGGCGGGCUUGGAGGUCCUGUUCGCGUCGGUGGCGCCGGCCAUCACCUCCGCACAGGACGCGCUCGUCUGCUUUCUGCACUGGGAGGUGGUGACGCACGGCUACUACAGCGUGGGGACCGGCGACCAGCCAGGUCCCAAUGAUAAGAAAUCAGAACUGCUGCCGGCUGAAUGGAACAGCAAUAAAGACCUGUAUGUCCUCCGGUAUGAGUCUAAGGAUGGGUCCAGAAAGCUCCUUGUGAAGGCUGUCACUGUAGAGAACAGCAUGAUCAUCAAUGUGCUGGAAUUUGGGUCACAGCAGGUAUCAGAUUUGACCCUGAACUUGGAUGAUUAUAUCGAUUCAGAACACCUGGGUGACUUCCACAGGACCUAUAAGAACAGUGAGGAACUUCGGUCUCGCAUUGCGUCUGGGAUCAUUACACCUAUCCAUGAGCACUGGGACAAGGCUAGUGUCAGCAGUCUCCACCGGGAGUUUCCGCCUGCCACUGCCAGAGAGGUAGACCCCCUCCGGAUUCACCCACAGCACCCACACACAAGCCGGCAGCCUCCCUGGUGUGAUCCCCUGGGCCCAUUUGCUGUCGGGGGAGAGGACCUGGACCCCUUUGGGUGUCGAAGAGGUGGCAUGAUCGUGGAUCCCCUGAGAUCUGGCUUCCCAAGAGCACUCAUUGACCCAUCCUCGGGCCUCCCAAACCGUCUUCCUCCAGGCGCUGUGCCCCCAGGAGCACGCUUUGACCCCUUUGGACCCAUUGGGACCAGCCCAUCUGGACCUAACCCAGACCAUCUCCCCCCGCCGGGCUACGAUGACAUGUACCUGUGAAGGCCUCAAGAAUGUAACAUCCCAGCCUUCCCUCCACUCUCCUGGAGCUGCCACUGCUGGCCCCAUCAGCAACCGUGUUCUUGCGGGCUGGGGGCAAGGGACUCUGCCCAUGUGUUUGCGGGCCGGCUGGGAUUGCCUCCCCCCUACCUGUCAGAGCCAAGGCACUUGCUGCAGCUUUCCACCUGGCUGCAUAUAGGUCCCAUAGAGAAAUCAGUGUUUCUCUCCCCACCAGCUGCCCCACACUUCUCAAAGGAGACUCCGGCAACAUAUACACUUGGUCUGAUGCAGUCCCAGCUGCAGCGCUAUAAGAACAGAACGCAUUUUGGAUGUUAUUAUAAGAACCAAAUGUCAAUACAAAAAUCAUGUUGCCAGUCUCCCACUGUUCUUUACUGCCCAGCUUCUUCCAUUUCUGACACGUAGAGCUUGUCUUUGUAGGGCUAAAUGACUCUUUUCCUACCCGGGGCUUGUUCUUGCACCUUCUCUUCAUAGAUUGCUUUUUUGCUCCUGACCUCACUAAGUGGGUCCCCAUGUGACUGCAGAGAUGAAAAUGAGGGACUGGAAACCCCAUAGGGCCCUAAGGAUGACUUUCACAAGGGCAGGCAUGUAGCAAAAAGCCUGUCGUUCCGAGAAGGGCAGAGUCCUCCAGUUCUGCCUGUCUGCACACAUCCUCUGGUCUGUCUGUACCUGGACAAUGGCAGCCUCUAAGCAGAAUAAACAGACCUGAAGUCUGAGCUCAUUUCUGCUACCAACUUAACCCAAGGGGCUUUCCCGUCCACUUUCUUGUGGCCUAUGAGAUCUGAGGGGCCUUUCCUACUCUAAAACAUUCUGGGGUCUGCUUCUGUGUAGCUACUGCUAGGAACUGGAGCAGAGGAAGGAAUGAAGUUUUGAGGCUCUGUGUGGCACUUCCCUAUAGUGUAACUAUAGGGAAGUCCCCCUCGGGGCCCAGACAAGAAGAGCACAGGAGCAUGGGUUCCAUCAGAGUGUGGUAUUGAACUCCAGAAAGGAGCAGGGAGCCCAGCCUCUGGAAGCCAGUGGCUGUGGUGGAUGGAGGAGCUACUAAAGCAGGAAACAACCCAGGGAGGGCCUUUCACCAGGGAGCCCCAGCCUCUAGAAACCUGUGUCCUUUGUCCAGGACCGCCUGACCUCUGGUGUUCUCCGGAUCCUUUUCAGCCCGAGGCCUGACAGACGUGGUCAGUGAUGAACCCCUGUGCUGGAGUGGAAAGAGCACCAAAGAGCAUCAGGCUCAGAGGCAAGAGAUCAAGGCACUCACUAGUCACUUUCCCUCCGCAACUAGCAUUUCAUCCAUUGGUGGGUCAUUUUACAUCUCAGCUCCUUGGGUUCCUUCCCGGAUACUAGGACAUAAUAUUUAUCUGUGGGUAGAGGAUAAGCUACCAGAGCCUUCCUGAGGUGUCUGCUAAUAUGCUAUAGACUGGAACUGCCUGUCUGCCCUGCCUGAGAGUGGGUUAGGGGUAAACUAAGUUGGGGUCUGGGUCAGGAGGCUAGCAUGAGCAGACUCCCCAGGCAUUUCUGGCAGGCCCUAUCUCAGGCACCAAUCUAGUAAAAGACACUCUGGAAGCCUUUAGAACAUUUCCACUCUGGAGAGGGACUCAGAGAUUAGGCAGAGCUGCAAAUGCAGUCAUCAGUCCAGGGCCUGCAGGUAGAUGGAGGUUUCUUUUUGGGAACUGGGUCAUACCUGCUACAGAAAGGACUUGGGACACUUCGGUCACACAAGCAUCCUUUAUUAUGAAAGGAAGCAUUUAAAGGAACAUCACACUAGAAACCAUCAGACAGGCAGGGAAAGUAGACCACUUUUAGAACCAUGAUUCAAGGAAAAGGUGAUUGGAACAAUAAAUUCGCCACUUAGGUUUUCUAGCACUAGAGGUCGAAAGGAUGCUCCUAUACACAAUUCUGUUUUCUGAAAACAAACUUCAGGGAUUCUCCUCUGCAGAAUCUGCCACUUUUUGCAUGUGUCUCCUUGUAUCAGGGACACUAAGAAACAUAUACAAUGUCUUAGUUGUGUGGGGGUAGUGAAUGGGGCCUUCAGGAACUUUCAAGUCAUGGUGUCUGUGAUUGUCCUCUUCUGGGCCACUUCCCCCUCCCAGCUGUGAGCAGUUGCCAAGUAGCCAAAAGGAAUGGUAUUGUGGAUGUGUCCUGUGGAAUGGAAAGGUGGGAGCCUUAACAAUAAAUAUCAGCACUUCAUAA